CUCUUCCUCUCCCACUAGCGACCCAAACAACUGCGAAUCCGGCUAACUAAAGCUUUCAACAAACAGAAAUAAAUUGGUUUUAUCAUUACUUUGACAAACCAAAUCCACAUCGGAAACCACCCAUCCAGUCGGUGAACAUUCAGUCUAAUGUUUUUUUUUACUAAACGCCGAUGAAAAGAAAUAACGGGCUAAAAUACGUUUUCGUGCUAACUAGCUAGCUACCGUUAGCUGUGAUGGCAGCAUCCACUCCUCCAAUGAUCUCUGCUCCUGUGCCAAGUCAAAAGAAACGCAGAGCUGCUCAGAGGAAAGAGAGAAGAAAACGGAAACGCCAAGCUCUCGCCCAAACCAGAGAAUGUGGUUUAAUAAAUGGAGCAGGCGAUACACAUGGAGAAGAAGAAGUAAUAGAUGAUGAAGAUGAUGAGGACAACGAUAUUGCUAAGGAGGAAAGAUUGCGCCAACAUGAGGAGUGGUUGGAAAGAGAGAGGCUUGCUCAGGAGGAAUUCAGGCUGAGGUCUGAGAGGGAGGAAGCUGCACGGAAAAGAAAAGAAGAGGAGGAGCGGAUGAUCAAGGAGGAAUGGGAGGCCCAGCAGAGGAAAGAACAAGAAGAAAAAGAGCAGAAGCAGCAGGAGAAACGAGACAGAGAGGAGGCUGUUCAGAAAAUGUUGGAUGAAGCUGAAAAACAGCUUGAUAAUGGAGGACCGUGGAUGAAUCCUGAGGCUCCAGUGACAGAAAAAUCAGAGAACUUUGGGACAGAGUGCGACGUAGCCAACUGUCCGUUUUUCCUCAAGACUGGAGCGUGUCGAUUUGGAGACAGAUGUUCUCGGAAGCACAUUUAUCCCACAACAAGCCCGACCCUGAUGAUCCGUGGUAUGUUUACGACGUUUGGCUUGGAGGAGUCACGGCGGGAUGAUUACGACAUAGAUGCCUGUUUGGAGCACAGCGAGGAUGACCUACAGGAGUCUUUCCUCGAGUUCUACCAUGAUGCCUUGCCAGAGUUCAAGAGUGUCGGCAAAGUCGUUCAGUUCAAGGUCAGCUGCAAUUAUGAACCACACCUGAGAGGAAAUGUUUACAUCCAGUUUGACAAAGAGGAGCAGUGUAAGGAGGCCUUCAUCAAGUUCAAUGGGAGGUGGUAUGCAAGCCGGCAGCUUCAUUGUGAGAUAUGUCCUGUUACACGGUGGAAAAAUGCCAUAUGUGGAUUGUUUGACAGACAGAAAUGCCCCAAAGGGAAGCACUGUAACUUCCUGCAUGUAUUUCGAAACCCUGGCAAUGAAUUCUGGGAGGCUGACAGGGACCUGCACAUGUCACCAGACCGCAGCGUCAGGGGGAGUCGCAGAGACGGGUGGUAUUCAGAGCGUUACAGAGACAGAUCGUGGAGGCAGCGUCACUGCAGCAGAAGCCCACUAAGGUCGGAGAGAUCCCUCAGCAGAAGAGAGGACAACAGGCGGAGGAGCAGGAGUCGAGAGAGGAGGGUCUCCCACCAGGAUAAAGGGGACAAAUGGUCGUCCAGGUCCAGACACAGCGACAGGAGGAAAGAUAGGUAUCUGAGCACAAGUAGAGACAGGUCGAGGAGUAGAAGUAGAGACAGGUCGAGGAGUAGAAGUAGAGACAGAGAACAAGAUAGGCUUAGAAACAGGAGUAGAGAUGAAGACAGGGAGCACAGGUAUAGGAAUAUAAGUGAAGAGAGAGACAAUAGAGACAAAGAUGAAGACACCCACAGAGAAGCGAGAGAAAGGUCAAGAAGCACAAGCACAGAGAGGAAAAGAGACAGAGACAGUAGAGAAAAGAGCCCAAAGAAACCAGACCGACGUAAGAAAACACCAAAUGACGAUACCAACACACACCGCCGCCACAAACACUCCAAAAAGAGCAAGAAAAAGAGCAAGAAGAAGCAUAAGAAGAAAAGCCAUUUGCCCGAAGGGACGACUUCAUCAGGAGAGUCAGAAAAGGAGAAAGAGUCAGAGACAGAGAACCAUUCUGCAACCAGUCCCAGCGAAGAGAGAAAUGAAACAGAGUUGGUUCCCAAAAUCAGUAACGUACAUGAGAGUGCUGACAUAGAGAACAAGUUUAGUCCUGAAAGUAAAAGUGAACAGUCUAACAAUGAAAUAUCAAUGAGUCUGCUGGAAACAGUGACAUGAUUACAUCUUAGUGGCUUCUUUAUUUUGAUCAUUUUGGUCUGUUUUUUCUCCUGUGAACUCCUCCUGCAGCACCUAUCACCAGUAUGUCCAGAUGUGAAUAUUUUGCUUUGUAAAAAUGGUGUUUUGAACUGGACCUGUGGCACUGAGUAAAAGCAUUAUAAAACAAAAGAUCAA